GUUGGAAGAAGCCCUCUGGCUAGCUGUCUUUUCAAAGUCUCCCUUUGGACCUGGAAAUCUAGGGGCUGCUGCACAGGCUUGCAGUGCUGGCUGGCUGCCUGCUAGACCAAGGGAGCUGGCAGCGGAGACUCCCCGGCGUGGAGCGGCCCCUCUUUGACCUCAAGAUCUGGAGUGGCAGCCCCAUGAAGGUGCCCAGCCAUGCAAUGUUCCUGGAAGGCCGUCCUCCUCCUCGCCUUGGCCUCCAUUGCCAUCCAGUACACGGCCAUCCGCACCUUCACGGCCAAGUCUUUCCACACCUGCCCGGGGCUGGCCGAGGCCGGGGUGACCGAGCGGCUAUGCGAGGAGGGCCCCACCUUCUAUAACCUGUCCCGCAAGACCCACGUCCUCAUCCUGGCCACCACCCGCAGUGGCUCUUCCUUCGUGGGCCAGCUCUUCAACCAGCACCUGGACGUCUUCUACCUGUUCGAGCCCCUCUACCACGUCCAGAACACCCUCAUCCCGCGCUUCACCCAGGGCAAGAGCCCCGCGGACCGGCGGGUCAUGCUGGGGGCCAGCCGCGACCUCCUGAGGAGCCUCUACGACUGUGACCUCCACUUCUUGGAGAAUUACAUCAAGCCCCCUCCCAUCAAUCACACCACCGACCGGGUCUUCCGCCGCGGGGCCAGCCGGGUCCUGUGCUCACGCCCGGUGUGCGACCCCCCGGGCUCCCCGGACCAGGUCCUGGAGGAAGGCGACUGUGUGCGCAAGUGCGGCCUGCUGAACUUGACGGUGGCCGCCGAGGCCUGCCGGGAGCGCAGCCACGUGGCCAUCAAGACGGUGCGCGUGCCCGAGGUGAACGACCUGCGCGCGCUGGUGGAGGACCCGCGCUUGAACCUCAAGGUCAUCCAGCUGGUCCGGGACCCGCGGGGCAUCCUGGCUUCCCGGAGCGAGACCUUCCGCGACACCUACCGGCUGUGGCGACUGUGGUACGGCACGGGGCGCAAACCCUACAACCUGGACGCGUCGCAGCUGACCACGGUGUGCGAGGACUUCUCCAACUCCGUGUCCACCGGCCUCAUGCGCCCGGCCUGGCUCAAGGGCAAGUACAUGCUGGUGCGCUACGAGGACCUGGCCAGGAACCCCAUGAAGAAGACCGAGGAGAUCUACGGCUUCCUGGGCAUCCCCUUGGACAGCCACGUGGCCCGCUGGAUCCAGAACAACACGCGGGGCGACCCCGCCUUGGGCAAGCACAAAUACGGCACCGUGCGCAACUCGGCAGCCACCGCGGAGAAGUGGCGCUUCCGCCUCUCCUACGACAUCGUGGCCUUCGCCCAGAACGCCUGCCGGCAGGUGCUGGCCCAGCUCGGGUACAGGAUGGCCGCCUCGGAGGAGGAGCUCAAGAACCCCGCCGUCAGCCUGGUGGAGGAGCGGGACUUCCGCCCCUUCUUGUGAC